AUGGAUUCGAAAUCAAAACGUCCAGACGGAGCUAAAGAUAGGAUCAGCCAAUUACCGGACCAUAUUCUUGUUCAUAUACUAUCCUAUAUUCCGACGGUCUAUUCUGUCCGAACCACGGUUUUGUCUAAAAGAUGGAACAACUUAUGGACCUUCGUCCCCACCCUAGACUUGGACCAACAAGAUUAUUCCAAAGAACACGGUCAUCGAACUCGGAAUAGUUUUGAUAAAUUUGCCAAGUUUGUUGAUGGUGCACUCUCGUUACACAACUCGUCGACAAUCAGAAAGUUUCGUCUUCAUAUUGAACGCCACAUUCAGCUUGGAGAGGAAGGUGUUUCUCGCAUUCGUGACUGGAUAUGCACUGCCAUGAGGCAUGAGGUCUGUGAACUUGAUCUUUCUUUUUGCCCUUAUCAGUGGAGAGAGAAGAUAGAGUUGAACCUGCCUCGAAGAGUUUUCUUGUGCAAAACUCUGGAGGUUUUGAAGCUACAUUCAAAUUGUAUCAACUAUCCUCCUACUAAACCCGGUUACUUUCCAAGCCUUAAGUUCGCCAAAGUUACUGCAGAAUAUGGAGAUCAUUCCUCAAUGGGAGAACUUUUUUGUAACUGCCCUGUACUUGAAGAGUUGUCUAUCGAUGUCCAUCUUAUGGAAAAAGAUGUCCAAAUCUGGAUCUCUGCACCUGAAUUGAAAACUUUAAGGACUAGAUUUCUUGUAUAUGAUGAUGAAAGAAAGGCUAAAGGGAUUUCUAUCAAUGCCCCAAAGCUUGAAAACCUUUUUGUCUAUGGCUCUGAUUUGACAAGGUAUGUCUUGCGGAAUGCAAAACCCCUCGUCAAAGCCAACAUAGAACUCAAAGAUUUAGAAGCAAAUUUGAGUCCAGAGCUUUUGAACCGUGCAACUGCUUUACUUGCAGGAGUUUCCAGUGUUGAAUAUUUGUAUAUAUCAGGUCCUAAUUAUGUGGCAUGUUCACUGCCUAAUUUCUGUAAUUUGAAGCAAUUGAAGCUCAUUCUUUUUGGCUGCUCUUAUUUGGAAUAUGUAAUGGAGUUGCUCAAGCGAUCACCUAAGCUUGAAGAUCUUGUCUUAGAUAUUGAUGUCCGCUCAUGGUAUCAUGAAGAAUAUGUCGAAGGAUACGAGCCCUUCAAGCCACCAGAGAUUGUGCCUAUUUGUGUGGUGUCCCACCUUAAGACUGUUUCCAUUACUCACAUCACGGGACAUGAUGAUCAGUUAGGUGUGGUAAAGUAUUUGUUAAAGUAUGGUCAAGUUCUGAGGAAUAUGACUAUAUUCACCUGUGGUGCUCUUCUUUUCAAGACUCGUCAUAUCACAGAAGAGAAUUUCCAGAGGAAAAUUUUGAAGUAUCACAAGAGUUCAAACACUUGUGAGGUUGAAGUUAAGUAUGAAAAUAAAGGGGUAGUUUCAUUUGAUUGUUCAGACUGUUCAAGUACCAUCCUCUAUGUAGAUCGAAGAUAA